CACACACAUACACCAGUUUCUUUCUUUUUCUCUAUCUCCAAUUAUUUUAUCUUUGCCAAGACAUCAACUCCCAAAAAAACAAAACCAUUCCGGUUUCUAGUUUCAGCUUAGCUUUAAGGUGUCAAAGCAUAUCUUCCAUUUCUAUUUCUAUUUCUGCUUCUACUUCUACUUCUACUUCACCCUCUUUGCUUUCUCUGCUCUCUCUCAACCCCUGAGAUGUGCCUUCCUUUUCCAAACUGUGUACUAUUGUUGUUGUCUUUGUCUCAAGAAGAGAUGCCCCAUCAUUUCCCUUGCUUGUUGAUGCCUAAUAUUAUUGUCUAGUUCUUGGGGUGUGAUUUUGUUUUAUUUUUUUAAAAGUUUUUCUUUUAUUUUUUGUUGAUGGAUCUUGGGGUGGUGGGUUUGGAUGGGUUGGUGGGUUCAGACACUUGUGGGUUUGGUUCUCUUGCUUCAGAUCCUGAGACAAAGCACAACAAGUGGUACGGAUCUGGGUUGCUCAAGCAAGAGAGAUCUAGCACUACUGAAGAUGAGUGGAGGAGUUCAAAGUUGCUCAAAACUGAUGAAAUAUCUCCCUCCAAAGCAAUGUUGUUUCACCAGAGGAACUCUUUACUGAGAUCUAAUGCCACUCUCUUUUCGGAUGGACAUCACCAACAACAUAUGCUUAGCUUCUCUUCUCCAAAACCAGACUCUUUUUUGGGAGACAAGGCCCCCCCAAAUGCCACAUUACCUUAUUCUUACCAUCCGUUGUCUAGUUACAGCAGAAAUACAGGUUACGGUUCUGGAAGCAUGCAUGGGGCUUUCAGUGGUGCUAAAGGGCCAUUCACUCCAUCUCAGUGGAUGGAGCUUGAACACCAGGCCUUGAUCUACAAGUACAUCACAGCAAACGUGCCUGUACCUUCUCAUCUUCUCAUUCCCAUUAGAAAAGCACUUGAUUCUGCUGCCUUCUGCAACUUCUCAAACGGGCUUCUCAGACCCAAUGCAUUGGCAUGGGGAGGUUUUCAUCUGGGAUACUCGAACAACACUGAUCCUGAGCCAGGAAGGUGUAGGAGAACAGAUGGUAAGAAAUGGCGAUGCUCAAGAGAUGCUGUUGUGGAUCAAAAGUAUUGUGAACGACACAUCAAUAGAGGACGCCAUCGUUCAAGAAAGCCUGUGGAAGGCCAAUCAGGCCAUGCCCUUACCAACCCCACCACCACCACCACUUCUACUCCUAAUACUUCUUCUAAGCUCAAUGCUUCCUCCUCCGUUGUGGUGCCUCACCAAGAACCCAGUAAUAAUAUGCAUCUUCCACCUCAUUCCUCUCCCCCCAACUCCAUCAAUAGGAUGUUUAUGAGUAACAAAGAGAACAAUAACACAAGUGAGAGGGUGCAGGAUGGUCCUGCACUUCCAAUGCUACCUCCAACUCUUGAGCUGAAACCGAAGGAGAACCCUUUCAUGAUUCAUAAACAGAAACUCCCGUAUGAUGAAUCCUCAAAGAACAACAAUGAGUUUGGGCUUGUCACUUCUGAUUCCUUGCUUAACCCUUCACAGAAAAAUAGCACCACCACAUUGCUCAGUAACAGAAGCUUUGGUUCUUCACAAAAGGAUUCUGAGUCCCAACAUUCCCUUAGGCAUUUCAUUGAUGAAUCGGACAUGCAAUCAGAUAGGACUCAGCUAUCAAUUUCCAUACCAAUAUCUUCCUCAGACUUCAUGUCAUUCACUACUUCCUCACCCUCCAAUGAAAAACUCACUUUGUCACCACUAAGGCUGUCAAGGGAAUUAGACCCUAUUCAAAUGGGUUUAGGAGUUGGAAGUGGUCUCAAUGAAUCAACCACUAGGCAAGCUAAUUGGAUUCCAAUCACUUGGGAGAGUUCUUCUAUGGGUGGUCCUCUUGGAGAGGUUUUGAAUCUUAGUAGUAGCAAUAACAGCAAUGCAAGUGAUCAUUGUGGGAAAAACACUUCCGCUCUCAACCUCAUGACUGACGGGUGGGACAGUAGUCCUCCACUAGGUUCAUCUCCAACUGGGGUGUUGCAAAAGACCGCUUUUGGAUCACUUUCUAAUAGCAGCGCUGGAAGCAGUCCAAGGGCUGAGAACAACAAAGAAGGUGCUACCUUGUGCAAUGACCUCUUACCGGCCUUGUAAAUCUUCAUAGAAGAAAAACAAGCCCUUAAACUAUGAAGCAAUGGAAAGAUCGAAGAAAAGAACUUUGUUCUUACGACUUUAAUCAUUAGUUUAUAUUAUAUAGUAUUAUAUUAUAUGGUAAUAUCAGAAUUUCGAAAAAUGUGUUUUAUUAAUUACCCUUUGCCUUCAUUAUUUGGAUGUGUAGGUAGGUUUUUGGUUUGCUUUGACUUUGAUUUGUCUUGCAUUCAUUUUCAUGUCUCUUGAGCCAGCGUUUUGGCAAGUUUGUAUUGAACAGUG